AUGGAACAAGAUUGUGGUGCUUUUGCAGCAGAUUGUGUUAUCCUCUGUUGCUGCUGCGAGUGCUUUUUGCUACAAGUUUUUAUCUUCGUCUUCUACAAGACGCCUCGUAAACUUGCUCAGAAGAUGAAGAAAUUUGUGAUCAGGAGGCUGCGAGGAAAGAAGAGAAGAGACGCGAAAACCAUCCUACCCACAAAGGAGGAGGAUUGUAGAGAGGAGGAGGAGCAUUUGUCCGGUGAUGGGUCGAGAUUUAGUUGCAUGGAGGAUACAGAGGAGAUGUUGCAAGAACUUUCCAUGAAGGGAGAGUUUGUGUUUGGGAGUUUCUGGCGACAAGGAGACCCUACAAACGAUUUCGAUUUCGGAAACUCACAAUAUGAAAUAGCUAAAGACAGUGAUCAUUCCUUAUCAUUGCUCAUCUCACAAGAUGUCUUAUUGGAUUCAAGAAUCCAAAUAAUGAAGCCUUAGGAGGACCGGAACUAAAGGGGUAUACAACUUCCCUAUGCACUCUCCAUUUCUCUAAGAAUUACAGUAAAAACUAAAGAACUAGUACCAAUCUUGAAAGAGCAAAAGAAGAGAAAAGGCGAGAUGACAGCCACUAGCAACAACUGUGUGGCAUUGCAUACUCUCUUUACUGGAACUCUGAUGUAUAAUCUUCAGCUGUUCCCUAAUGCGUUUCAGUGACAUAAUCAGAUGUUUCUUAACCAGGCAAGGCCCAAAGAAUCAGAGAAUGUACAACAACUGUUAAACAGC